UAGUGAAAAAGUGUAAACAAACAGAUUUUGAUAGGGGAGGAGGAGCGGCAAAGAAAUGUUUUGAAGUUGAGUUUUGUUGGUUUGUGACCUACUUUGCUUGUUCAAUCAAAGAUAAGUACUGGGGCUGCCUCUGCAAAUCACUGUCAAAAAUGGUCGAAAAUGAUGACAUUAUGAAUGAUCCUGAAAAACUUGAGUCUGUCUCAGAAAACAUGGUUACUACAGUAGAAUCUGACCAUAGUACGCCUGAGAAUCAAACAUUUGAGACUCAAUCAAAUGUGGAAGUAAAUUACAUGUUCCAUGAAGGGAGUAAUCCAUGUCUCACUCAUUUUGAGACCUCACAAUUUAAGACAAGUGAUUGUUACACUAAGGGGUGCAAAUGGGCGCCAGAUGGACUUUGCUUUCUGACGAAUAGCAAUGACAAUAUUUUAAGAGUUUGGGAUUUACCAGAAAACCUGAAUAGUGUUUCUGAGUGGCAGUCGAACAGCAGUGUUUCACCCAUAAAACCCUCAUUAUGUAUGAGAGAGGGUGGCCUUAUCUAUGACUUUUGUUGGUAUCCACUAAUGAAUUCAUGGAACCCUGUAACAUGUUGUCUUGCAAGUGCCAGUAAAGACAGUCCUGUCCACUUGUGGGAUGCCUUUACUGGGCAACUGAGAGCUACAUACCGAGCCUACAACCAGGUUGAUGAGGUGGAAGCUGCUCGCAGCAUAGCAUUUGAUCCUUGUGGAGAACGACUAUAUUGUGGAUUCAAAAACUGUGUUCGUGUUUUUGAUGUUGGUAUACCUGGUAGAUCGUACAGUAAUCGUAAUUUGAAAAGUGCGUCUGGAGAAACUCAGAAUGGUAUUGUUUCAAGCAUUGCAGUGUGUCCUGCUGUUCCAUCCCUUUUUGCUGUGGGGACUUACACUCGAUCAGUCGGUCUCUAUACAGAAAAUACAGGCAAAGCUUUAUGUAUUUUACAAGGUCAUGAGGGUGGAAUCACCCACAUGAAAUUCUCUGAUGAUGGUAUGCGCCUUUAUAGUGGAGGCAGAAAGGAUUCUGAAAUUGUGUGCUGGGAUCUUAGAGAACCUGGCAAAGUUUUGUUUUCUGUUCCUCGCAAAGUGCCCACUCAUCAACGAAUAUAUUUUGAUCUCACUCCAAAUGGGAAAUACCUUUUAUCAGGGUGCUUCGAUGGCAAGGUUUUUAUCUGGGAUACCUCUGAAGCCAUUGAUGAGGAAGGAAAUUUGAAAAGCACUCUAAAAGUCUUCCAAGCACAUAGUGAUUGCGCAAAUGGUCUAAGCAUUCAUCAUCAAAAGCCCUUAAUAGUAACGUGCUCAGGGCAACGACAUUAUCAAAAAAACAUUGAAAAUGAUUCUGAGGAUGAGGUAGACAAACAACCUGGGGAAAAUGUUGCCUCUGCCCGUUUUAUUGAAAACAGUGUAAAAUUAUGGUGGGUAGGAGGUGAAAGGACUUCAGAUGAAUCAGAGAAGAUUGAUGAAGAAACAAAUUGUUAAGGUCUGAACAUGACAAUUUACUCAAGAUAUGAGCAAGAGACUUGCAUAAUAAUUUACAACCAGUUUUAAGUAUCAUAUAGGCUUUGCUGUGAUAAUUUAUACAAUGAACUUUUUAACAACAACAAAUCACUACAAGAAACACCUUAAAUUCUUAUGGCUUUCAUCAAAAUAAACUAAAAGUGAAUUUA